AUGUCAAAUUUUAAAAGAGCGAGUGGCGAUGUAUAUAAUAGAAACUGGGUAUUAGAAGCAGAAAAAGGAUCAGGAGGAUCUUUACAAAAUACACCAGGAGGAUUAAGUGCAAUCGAGUCAUCAACACCAUCAGGAGUAUCCUCUUCAGGCACAUUCGUAUCACAACAACCAUCAACACAACAAUCUAUGGAAUUAAAAGUUAAAAAAGGUUGGGAAUUAGCUAAAUCACCUGCUAAAAAUAUAUUUAUGACUGGUUUUUUCCUUUGGAUGAUUGGAAAUGGUAUAAAUAUUUUCACAAUGCCCGUUAUUAUAUAUGCUGUCAUUAAUCCUGUUAAAGCAAUUUUACAAACAAACUCAAUGUUUUCAAGAUUUGAUGAUUGUAAAAGAGAUAUUAUACAAAUGAAGAUUACUUUUAUAGCAAUUCAACUAGUUUUACUUGGUGUUACUUUAUAUAAAUGUAGUAGUAUGGGCUUAUUACCAAUAACUCCAUCCGAUUGGAUUUCCUCAUUACCAAUUAAAAAGAAUGUUGAAUUUUCAAGCGGUUCAGUUGUAAUAAAAAAGAAAAAAAAGAAAAAAAAAAUGUUAAGAACAUCUAGUAGUCUUAUUAACAAAUUUAAUAAAAACAUAAUUUUAACACCAACUUGCGGAUUAUAUUCCAAAUCUUUAAACAAAACAACAAAAUUAAAUUUUUCAACUAAAACAGAUUCAAGCCUUAAAAACAAUGAUAUAAAUAACCAAAAUAAUAAUAAUAAUAAUAGUAAUAACCAAAACAACAACAAUAACAACAAUAAAAAAAAAAGUAAUAAGGGAUUAAUCUUUUUAGGUGCAACAGCUGUCACUAUAUUAGGUUUCUAUGUAUAUUUUAAACAAAAUGGAUCCGAACCAAAGAUCGAAUUUGUAAAGAGAAUCCCAUUCCGUAUAACAUCAAAUCUUUGGGGUAAAAUGGCAGGUAUUACAAUUCCAGAAAGUUUAAGAUCACCAAUUUUCAAGAGUUAUUCAUAUUUAUUUGGUGUCAACAUUGACGAAGCAGAAAAGCCAAUCGAAGAAUAUCCAACUAUGGGUGAUUUCUUUGCUCGUCAUUUAAAGAGCAAUGCAAGACCAAUUGAUUCCAAAAGUGAUAUGGUAUCACCAGUUGACGGAACUGUAAUUUAUCAUGGUAAAGUUGAAAAGAACACUGUUGAGCAAGUUAAAGGUCUCACAUAUACAUUAGAGCAAUUCCUUGGUCCAGAAGAGUUGGAAUCAAUCAAAGGCAAAAAUCUUUAUCAUAUAGGUCUUUAUUUAUCACCAGGCGAUUACCAUGGUAUUCAUUCACCAGUAGAUUGGAAGAUUAAAAAUCGUUAUCACUUCCCAGGUUAUUUAUUCCCAGUUGCCAAAGUUGCCGUUGACAACAUUCCAGGCUUAUUCGCUAUGAACGAACGUGUAGUUUUAACUGGUGCUUGGAAACAUGGUUUUUAUUCAUUAACCCCAGUUGGCGCUUCAAAUGUCGGAACCAUUGUUUUAGACUUUGAUAAAGAUCUCCAUUCAAACAAUCAAAAAGACAAUGCUUUAGAUUUCGAAAAAAAUACAUACUAUAAAAAGAAUUAUCAAUCAAUCAUUCCAUCUGGAAAAGGUGAUGAAGUAGCUUUCUUUAGAAUGGGUUCAACUGUUAUUUUAAUUUUUGAAGUCCCAGAAGGUAAAAAAUUCGAUUUCAACAUUAAUCCAGGUCAACAUGUUAAAUUUGGUGAAUCAAUGGGUAAAUUAAACUAA